AUGAAAAACCUUUUAGAAGGAAGUUGGCAACACGCAUUCGGGCAGCAAAAUUUGAUACUGGAAUCCAAAGUUUACAAAAAGUUUCGUUGUGAUCAACGAUCCAAACGAGAAGGACUCUCCUUCGGCUCAUCAAUCAAAUACGUCUUCAAACCGGACAUCCUGAACGGCGCCGACUUCAAGUACAUCGUCCACAUCGACCCGAUCGUUCUCGCUCGUUGUGGACUCAUCUGUUCCAUCUAUCAAGAGCUUCAGUACAUGCCAUCUGAGGGAUCGGCGGUGUUCGAAAAGCAGAUAGAUGGUCGAUAUGCGUUGAACAAGAACAUGCAGUUAGUUUUCUGUGCCAACUUCUCACCAGCGUGUCUUCUGUGA